CAAGUUCGGAAUAUCAUCGUUCAGUUUCGCUCACUCUCUCUCUCUCUCCAAAUGUUCCUCACACUUGGGUUUUGGGGUUGCAGCGAGGGAGAGACGGCUGUUUUUCCGGUGAUCGGCUGCAGUGAGUAGCCGGAACGCCGGCGGCAGGGGCGGGCCUCUGUCCGAAACGGGCUCACCCACGGUUUGCGCUAUUUUUUAGUGGCAGCUGAAGAAAUAGAAGAGGACUUUUUCUCACUGAACGAGGGUUCCAGUGACCUCGACACAAGAGGAAAGGAUUCAGGCCUCUGAAGGAGGUUCCAGCCUCCUGGUCGAACAGAGAAAGGAUUCUGGCCGGAGAAAGGAUCCGGCCUCAGGAACCGGCGGCUGUUCAGUUAUAAGGAAAACAGGAAAAAGAAAAGGAAGAGAUGGAAAGAGCAGAAGGUGAAGGCGAGUGCACCACCAUACAAGAUCUCCGUACUAAGAGGAAGGCGCACAUUAUCAUAAGAGACUCCUUCAGACUCAUUCUCGCAGACUUUACGACCUUCCUCCCCACCAUCCUUCUCGCUUCUAUCCCUAUCUUCCUCCUCCUCUUCUUCUCCCUUUCCGUCGUCUCCCUCCGAAAGGAGAUUUCUUACAAAGAAUCUCUUUUGCCGUGGUUACCGGGCGGUGUCACUGCCCUCCAUGUAAAAGGCGAGAUCGCCGGCAAUGUCCGCCACCUCCUCAAAUACAAAGCCGUCUAUUGGCUGCCAACUUAUGUGUUCUCCGUCAUGUCUACCGUCACCACCAUUAAGCUGGCAGCCUCUUCUAACAUGUGCCAGAAACCGAAAUUCCGUCUGGCAAUGGCCGCUGUGAGAGAAACUUGGUGGAGGCUCGCCAUCACGUCACUUUAUGUCACGGUGUUCAGGGAGGCCUAUGAUCAAUUCGCACGUGUAGCCGGUGUAAUGGCUCUCGGCGGGCUCAUGCGGACGACGGUGGGGGUGGUGGUGGCAUGGGGUGGUUUGUUGAUUUUGAGGGUGUACAUUAUGGUGGUUUUGAGCAUGGGGAUGGUGGUUUCCGUCUUGGAGGGUAGGUGGGGGCUGGAGGCAGUAGGAAUCGGAUGGGAGCUGGUGGAAGAGAGGCGACUUUCCGGGUGGAUUUUAGGCGGUUUUCAGGCAGCUUUAAGUUAUGGUACCGGGUGGUGGUGGUGCCUGUCCGGCGAUAGAAUCGGUUGUGGCAGCACCAGCAGCAGCAGCACUGGUACUGAAUUGCUCUUAGUUGGGCUUUUGAGUGCGGUGAUGGUGGUUCUGAGCGAUGUUCUCAAUACCAUCUAUUACUUCGACUGCAAGAUGUGCCAGGGCAUGCCGUCGGGAGGUCACAGGGAAGAGAGAGAGUGAAGGACUUUGAGCUUCGCCUCCGAAGUUCUCGUCGUUUGUUGAGGACCUGCUUUAGCUGAAAAGACACGCAAUGCGUUCUGCGCACACUGAUCUGGCAAAGGGGAAAGAGGAACUCUCUCUUUUCGAGGUGCGCGCUAAGCUUGAUGACCACAUGGCUGUGUUUUACAGAGAGCGAAGCUACUCCAUUACCACUCCAGAUAGAUGGAUGAGGUGAGCCACUUAUUUUUUCAUUCGGGGGCGCACAGAACGCGGUGCGACGCGCAUAGAUUGCUGUUGAUUUCUAAUAACACCGUCCGUUAUGGUGGUAUAUUGUGUACGUUUUAGCAGAGUAUUCCUUGCAAAGAUGUAUGAAAAUCUGAGUAGAUUUUACUGUACAAUUCUCAUCCGUGUCAAAAAGACAUUUUUUUUUUUACUUAAAAAUAUAUUAUAUCUAACUAAAACUCAUUAUAUUUGAGUAUACACAGUACACACAGACUUAUAUGUA